AUGCAAUUGCCGCUGCUUGCGCUGCCGCUAAAAGAGACGCGCGAAGUUGAGCUGGCGAAGCCAAUCGGUGCGCUGAUUCGCACGGUGUAUGAGCAGGAUCCAAACUCGUUUGAAAAUGACUUGCGGUCGGUGCAGGAGGCGCGUCUCGAUGCGACUCGCACGGCGAGCAGCGACGCAACCGGCCGCGAUCUCCUGUUUAAAUGGUUCCACAUGCUCGAGAUGAUCGAGCUGCGUUUCCAGGAGCUGCGCGUGCCGCUCACCUGGUCGGAUGCAUUUUCGGGGAAGCAGGUAACCCAGCAGGCGCUUGCUUACGAAAAAGCAAGUGUCAUUUUCAACUGUGCCGCGCGCAUCGCAGCCGUCUCCGCCACAUUCGACCGUAAAGACGGGGGCGAAGGCUUGAAACGCUGCUAUACGGGCAUGCGACAAGCUGCUGGUCUGCUAGACUACAUUCACUCCAACUUUUUGCACGCGCCAAGCGACGAUAUGGGCGGCAGCAUGAUCAAGACAUUGCAAACGCUGCUGCUCGUGCAAGCCUCGGAAGUAUUUCUGGAAAAGAGCAUGCAGGAUGGAAAGGGAAUUGCAUUGAUUGCGAAACUCGCGAGCCACAUUGAGUCUGUGUAUGCAACGCUUGCGGAAGAAUGGCAGGACACGAGCACGUUUGCUUCCAUCCCGUCGUUGUGGCGCGUCUUGGUUGCAUUCAAGAGCAAGUAUUUUGCCGCGAUGACACACUAUUACCGUGCACAAGCGGACGAUGCGGGGGACGAGCACGGCGUGGCAUUGACGCGGCUGCGCCUAGCCGUGCGCUGUGUCAAAGACGCGGCGCAGCGCGCCGCCCACGUAAGUCCCAGCUACUUUUCCUCGAAACUGUCUUCCACCGUGCCGGGCGAUGCUCUUGCUGCUGUGACAGGGGCGUCCAAAUCGCUGCUUGCGGCGUGUGAGGAUACAAUGCGCGCCAUGGAGCGUGAUAAUGACCUGGUAUACCACAGUCUUCUACCGCCAGAGAGUGCAUUAGCGCCGGUGGACAAGACAACAGUCACGGGCGCUAUUUCCAUCCGCGAUACGUUUAUGCAUCCCGAUGUGCAGAGAAUACUUGGCCCGGAAGUAUUUCUGGCGCUUGUGCCGCUCAGCGUACACGAAAGCGCGAGUGUGUACUCGGAAGAGCAGGCAAAAUUGGUGCGUGGCGAGGCGGAGCACAUAGAAACAGCCAACGGCACGUUGGCUGCGUCGCUCGACGCACUAAGACUUCCUGGCGCACUAACACGCUACGGUGCGCUGCAGGGUGCAGAUGCCGCGCGCACGUAUGCGCCGAGUGCAUCGCUGCUCGAGCACGCCGAGCGCAUGCAAUCUACUCACGACAAGUACGCCCAAAGCGCUGCAGGGAUCGACAAGCGUCUUGCCGAGAUCCAGCGGCCUUGGCGUGCAGCACAGCGCAUCGACGACGCACUGGCAGCACUCGAAGAAGAUGCGCGUGCAUGCGAGCACCAACGAGCGCAGCAUGGCCAUCGCUGGACACAGGAGCCGACAAUGAGCGCUGCACGCACCUUGCGAAACGACUUGCUGCAGAGCCGCGCGGCGCUGGAAAAAGCGCGCACCAGCGAUGCGAACCUUGCGUCCUUGUGGGCAUCGGUGCGCCACGACACGCUUCUCUUGCAGCGUGGACCGGAAGCGGUGCGCGACGCGGUGCGCGACGCAGUGCAAAACGCGGCGCGCAAUGCAAGUCGCGUCAAGGAAGCGAACCUCCUGGACUGGGAGCCGGGACAGGAUCCCAGCGAAGAAGAAGCGCGCGCGCUCUACCUUGAAGCGCAGGAAAAAUGGAAUGCGCUCCAGAGUUUGCCUGCGAAGCGCGACGCAAUGCUGGCCGAGCUCAAGACGCGUGUGCGCAGCGACGAUAUCUCGCAUGUGCUCCUCCUGAACCGCCGCGUGCAAAACAUCGAGCCGCAGGUGUUUGCCGCGGAACUUGCCAAGUUCACGCCGCUGCAGCAGCAGCUGAGGGAAAGCGCCGCGGCGCAGAAACACGACGUGCACACUCUGCGCACUAUGCUCGAUGCAUUGGCUGCGCACCCAGGGACCUUGUCCAUUCGCGAGCAGGACAAGGCGUGCGCCGAAGCACACGCUCUUGUAUCGGCGCGUCUUGUGCGUGCGUACGAGUCCCACACGGAGCUCUGCGAUGUGCUCGGCAACGCAGUUCAGUUCUACAACGAUCUCGAAACAAUUGCACAGCAAACGUGCCAAGAAGUCAUGGAUUUGCUGACACAGCGGCGCAUCGAGCGCGAAGCGCUGGUGUCGCAGCUGUCGUAUGCACCGGCAACGUCGCUAGCCGACGAUUUGCACGCGCUGCGCUUGUCGGAGCCUGCAGCGCCCCCGCUGAAGCGUGCAGCGUCGCCAAAGCCGCCGCGUCCUCCGCUUGUAUAG